GCAAAAAUGACUCUCCAAACAAACUCAGAUUGGGCCUCUCGCAAAAAAUAAAAAAGAGAAAAAAACCGGUAGGGUUCCGGCGGCCGGCGGCGAGAAGGCGCAGCCCCGUGCACGCCCUGAGGCCUGAGCCCGCACCCCCUGUCGCCGCCGGUUGGCACCCAGAGGCAACGCAGCGAGUCGCCAAGGCGGGCUGUGGGGCUAGGCGGUAGGCGGCGGCGCGACCGCGACCAGCAAGGAGGAGGGCUCUCCGCUCGCCGCGGCCCUCCAAGGCUCAACCAGGUAGCAGCUGGUUUGCAGUGGACAGAGCAACAUGUCUAGCAAUCCGGUUGGUGUUGAUAACACUUUUCGGAGGAAAUUCGAUAAGGAGGAGUACUUGGAACGAGCGCGGCAGAGGGAGCGAGAGGAGAAGGAAGAAGCCCGGAAAGGCAAGGACAAGGGACCUCCUGUGCAAAGGCAACCUCUGAAGCACAGGGACUAUGAAGUUGACCUUGAGUCUCGUCUUGGCAAGACUCAGGUGGUAACCCCGAUUGCACCUUUGAGUCAGCAGGCUGGCUACUAUUGUUCAGUAUGUGAAUGUGUUGUUAAAGAUUCAGCUAACUAUUUGGACCAUAUAAAUGGCAAGAAACAUCAAAGAGCAUUGGGCAUGUCUAUGCGUGUUGAGAGAGCAUCACUUGAACAGGUUCAGAAAAGGUUUGAGUCACUUAAGAAGAGGAAAGAUCCAGGCAGCUUUAGUGAACAAGAUUUGGAUGAGAGAAUAAUGAAACAACAGCAAGAGGAGGAGGAGAGGAAGCGGCAACGCAAAGAAAAGAAGAAAGAGAAAAAGAAAGAGCUGGCUGCCCAGAAUGAACCUGAGGACAUAGACCCUGAUGUUGCUGCCAUGAUGGGUUUCGGAGGCUUCGGUUCCUCGAAGAAGUGAAUGAUCCCGGGCAGCCUCUCUUUAUGACCUGUGGUUUCAGGUCGAAGAGCAUGUGCAUCUGGAUUCAAAAGUACUCGUUUCCAAAGAACCAGAAUAGGAGCUUUGUGCUACUCUUGAUCCAUAGCUGCGUGCAGGUGAUUUGAGAAACAUUUUUGUAACCGCUACCAGAUAAUGUUCACGUAUGGAUGCGUGAUGUUGAAACAAAUUUAACCUGUCUAAUUCAGUAUCCAAUGAAUGAUAGCUUUGCUGUAAUUCGCUUAUCACCUACAUUACAGUCUAGAGAGGAAUGAUUUCUGAAUUGUUAAAUUUACUCCGAAAUUCUGGCUUGUGGCACCAAAUUGUGCGUGGCCUGGCCUGUGUUGGUGAUAUUCAAA